AUGAAGAGGGGGAGCUUGGCAGGAAGUGAGAGGGAGGGGGGUGUGGAGGGGAAGGGGGGGCUAAGAGAGUGGCGGGGGGGAGGGGAGGAUAAUUUGUCCUCCCGGUUUGCCUCAGCCCCUUGCAUUUUAGUGGAUGACUCCAGUGAGGGGUCGGUGGGCUGUUUGUUAGAGGGAUCCCAACUCCUGUUUGAGGAGAUGAGGUCCCCUACAUGCAGCCCCGAGGCAAACAGGGAGGGGGGGAUGGUGGGUGGGGAGGGAGGACCCAACACACUGCCUGGGUCAUGGGUUGGGAUGGAGGACGGGGGCGUCAGGAGAGGAGAGGACGUCCCCGCCGGUGGAAAUGGACCAGGGGAGCAUCGGGAGGUUCACCUGAGGGAUGCGGAGCUUGCUCAGCCAGUGAUACACCCGUCCCGUUACCUCCUGCGGGUGUUCUUCUCGUACCAGGCGAGAAGCGGAAUGGUGUGGUCUAACGCGGGUCCUCGGGCGGAACAGCUGCCGUGGCACUUUGGCCAUGCGGCAAAUGUGGUGCGAUCCCCCACCUGUCCAAGAUCUGCUUGUGGCAGGGAGGAGACUGUGCGCCAUGCCUUCUGGGACUGUGCCUGUGCCGGACUAGUAUGGGCUAGGGCACGGGUGAUGCUAGGAGAGAGAGAUGACUAUUGUGGAUCCUCUGGGGAGCCUCAGCUACAUCAUGACGCUGACGAGGCAGAGAAGAGUCUCUCCACAUCAGAACACCUCAAGAAACACCAACGGAAACACACAGGGAAGAAUUCUCACUACUGCUCUGACUGUGGGAAGAGUUACUCAAGAUUAGAUUCACUAAAAGUACACCAGAGAAUUCACACAGGUGAUACAGCUCACUGCUCUGACUGUGGGAAGAGAUUCACCACUAUAGCAAACCUUAAAAUACAUCAGAGAAUCCAUACAGGAGAGAAACCUUAUAGCUGUGAUCAAUGUGGGAAGAGUUUUACUCACUCAAGCUGCCUGAAGGUACAUCAGAGAACACACACUGGAGAGAAACCUUAUAACUGUGAUCAAUGUGUGAAGAGAUUUGUCACAUCUAGUAGUCUGACUAUACACCAGAGAACACAUACAGGAGAGAAACCUUUUGGUUGUGAUCAAUGUGGGAAGAGAUUUGUUUCAUCUAGCCGCCUGACUAUACACCAGAGAACACACACAGAGGAGAAACCAUUCAGUUGCUCUGACUGUGGGAAAACCUUUUCAAAAUUAUAUACAUUACAAUUACACCAGAGAAUUCACACUGGAGAGAAACUUUAUAGCUGUAAUCAAUGUAGGAAGAGUUUUAAUCGCUCAAGUUUGCUGAAGGUACAUCAGAGAACACACACUGGAGAGAAAUCUUUUAUAGCUGUGAUCAAUGUGGGAGGAGAUUUGUUACACAUAGCAGUCUGACUAGACACCAGAGAAACAAAUCUUAUAGCUGUGAUCAAUGUGGGAAUAGAUA